AAAUUAAUCUUGUCAGCAAACGUAACUAAAAUUUUGUUGCAAAUUUAUUGAAAUUGCAUGAAAUUUAAUAAAAUGUCUAGUUGAUUGAAAUUUCAUCAAAACUUUAUCAAAAAUUUGUCGUUCUGGACAAUGUGCAAUUACUCCCAUUGCCCUCGCCUAGUUACGGCAUUGUGUCGAUGACGUCAUCGCCACACGCGGAGCGGACUUGGGUGCGCGUACCGUCAACAAGCGUGUUGUACGUAAGUACGAGUCAACCACAAAAUUCAAGGUCCCCGAAGGCGCGCGUGCGCGCAAACACGAACACGAACACGAGCACGAGCGUGUGGACUCGCGGAGCGGCGCAACAGUUCGGACAGUCUAUGCGAACUUCACUGUGUGUGACAUCACGCUUCAUUGUUGAAGGUUUACGUCAUUCCCAAGUCUCUUCGAAGGGUCGUUCGUAGCGCGCGACGGACGAGUGAGUGUACGCACGCACGCACGCACGCACGCACGCAUGUAUGCACGCACGCAUGUAUGCACGCACGCCCGUAUGAACGCAUAAACGAAUACAUGCCCGCACGCAUGUAGAGACUAUAGACAAUUUCUUUCGUCGCAGGAAAGACGAGCGAUAAAAUGUCGCCCACCCUGUCGCCGCAGACUCGAGUGAAAUCAAAUUGCCGCUCGCGCGCCAGUAUCCAUCACCGUGCGUAAAACAAAAGAGGCGUCGUGCGUGCGUCCGCGUACGGAGGUGUCGUGUACGGAUGUCGUUCGCGACUGUCGGAGAAACAAACCACUUGUUCCCAUUCGGAGGAAUGUCGACGCACCCAAGUUCUUCCCGUGACACGGAGCCUUUUCUACGUUGAUAUUUACGAGUGAGAUCCACGCCGAGUACGCAUUUUCACGCAAUUUGACGCCGCGCGACUUCGUCAUCGCCCAUUCGCUCACGCGAGUCCUAUCGCGCCGAGAACGGGUUAACCCGGUGAAAAUGUGAUCGAUCGCCGUCAGCCGUAUACACGUUCCUCCACGUUCCUCCACGUUCCUCCUUACCACCAUCUCCUUCUCUAGCACAAAUCAGUCGGUCGCGGUGCGCGCACGACGACGACGACGGCAACGCGGCCGCCGGCGCGCCUCUCUUUCAUUUUAAAUAUAACAGUGUAUAAAUAAGUAUGAGCAAUAGCGGGAGUGCGCGGCGAGGCUCUUCGCGUCGCCACUGCUGUUGAUUUUUCUGCCGCGCGCGCGCACGGAUACGCGUUGUUGUUUAUCAACGCGCUCUGCGCGCCAGACGGAGACGGCGGGCAUCGAGAAAGCACUCGAGGGAAUGAGAGCGAAAGCAUAAACGAACAUGGUACGCGUUGUCGUCUCCUCGUCAGAUGUGUUCGUCGGAAAAUUGUGACUUUUUCCCCGCUGUCCACGCCACGUUCCUCCAUGGUAUUCUUUGUGCACGGGCAUGCGACAUCGAUACGCUAUCAAGGUGAGCUUGAAACAUUCUUAACUAGAAGAGUCCAGGAUAAAUCCCUUAUUUCUGAUAGGAAGCAUUUAAUGUGCUGACAUGUCUGAUAAAAAUGUCAUCAAGCAAAGCUUGAAAGCCUUAGUUGAGAAGAAUAUAGAUAUGUUCGUGUGUCCACGAGCAGGCAUUUAAAUCGUUCGUGCAGUUUUAAAUGAUGAAGAAUAUAUAUCGACAGAUAUUAAUCAAACACAAACUUAACAAUCACCAGUAUCUCCAGUAUACAAGAAAUAUACGUGAUGCUGUUGUUUCCAAACUGCUUGCAGCUGUGCAACAAGCUGCAGCACGAUGCUGAAGAUUGUCCCGAAUGUAUUGAUGCCUAUAUAAUGUUAGAAGAAUUCUUCAUAUUUGCCGUAGAACUGGCACGUCUGUGCGAACGAGGAACAGCAGCUGUUCCUAUGAAUGCCUCUUGCUCAUUACACGGUAAUGGAAAAGGCACUAAUUAUAAAACUGGCUCAAAGAGGAUGGCUUAUGAAGUAUUUUUGGGUGGGUCUUGUAAUCCAACUACAUGGAGGUCAGACAUAGCGAUACCGACUCUUCAAAGCCUUGGCAUUACUUAUUAUAAUCCUCAAGUGUCACAGUGGGGCCCGGAAUUGAUAGCCCAAGAAUAUGAGGCGAAGCAGACGGCGCGAGUUCUGCUCUUCGUCAUUGACAACCAGACGCGUAACAGCGCGGGCAUCAUCGAAGCAGCUCAACUGGCAGCUACACGUAGCGAGUCUUUGGUUCUUGUUAUUUAUCCGUAUCGUCAGGGACAGACUAUACUCGGGGAAGCCGUUUCCACGCAAGAAUAUUAUGACUUGAUGAACGGGUUAUUAGUACUUCAGUACCUAAUGGAAAGACAAAGGAUACCAAUAUUCGAAAGCGUGUCAGUUGCUCUUCAUUGUACGUCCAAGAUGUUACGCGAAGAGAUCAACGUGCAGGAUUGCAUGAACACCGAGGAUGGCAUCAGGCCUAUAAGAAUCUCGCUUACUCAAAAUGGAACGGAUACAACAAAAUUGCGGGAAAUUUUCAAAUCUAUGGACGUUAAUGAUAGUGGCACAGUAAAGUUAGGAGAAGCUUGGGUGACGUUACAAUCGAGCACAAUGUGUAAUAAUGUGUCUCUUUCGGAUCUGCUCAACACGGUGAAUAAGUCCGAAAUCUACAAGACGUUGAUAGACGGAUUUUCGGCGAAAGGUGAUCUGACCGAACUGCGAAUCAAUUUCGAGCAGUUUUGUGUUCUCGCCAGCGAGUCAUCAUGGACACGGACGAAGAGUAAUGGCGUCUCUUGCGAAAAUUGGACUAAUUCCUUUGUACAAGAGUUUGAGAAGAGGGACAUUUAUGUUGGCGUAGUCAAUAAAGAUCUGUUUUGGUUAGAAUCUUCGGCAGCACCGUUGAUAGAGUCCAUGAGAUUGUCUCUGUAUCGCCCAAACUUGAAUGAGUACAAUGUACGGAUAUUGCCGCAGGAAUUGCAGAAGAUAAAGAAUUCACGACUGAUCCUGUUGAUAGUGCCGCAGCAUUCGCGCGGCGUCGCCAUUAUGGCACUGGCAGCUCACUUGAUUGGACUACGCGCCAAGCUCGUCCUCUGUGUUCAAACUCUUCCUGAGGGUUCCAUUGUGUCUGAUGAACAACUGACUGAACAAGCUCGAAAGGAUUACAACCGAGGAAGAAUGUACCUGUCGGACUACGCAACGCGUGAAGGUGUACCUGUUUUUCAGAAUGUCGCUGAUGCUCUGCAACACGCGAUACAAUUAGUUCAAAGUCCUUGUUGACUUAAUUGCUCUUUACUGUUUUUUUUCUUUUUUUUCUAUAUUUUUCAUACAGAUAAGCUCAUUGGUUCGACAACUAAUUUAUUUUUACUUUUAACGAUGUCCAGCUACCAUUUGAGAUCGACAUGAACAUCAUAGGUAUAACAAUGACGAUAAUGUCGUAUUAUCAUUGUUAUACUUAUAAAAAGCGUUUAAUAGUUACAAUGAUUUAUUAGCUGCCUUCGUUAGUAAGAUUGCUUUUUCUCAUGUUUUAAUUUUUUAAUCAUUUGUUGUCUCAUCAACAUAACUCUCGUAUGUUAUUUAGCACUUUCUGUGUUAAUAAUGCUCUUUGCUUAGUAUUACUAUUGUCAUUUUUUAAUUCUUGACAAAAAUGAAACAUGCAAGACUUUUUCUUUACGUCGAGAUAUUCUAUUUAUUGUUACUCUUAUGAGCAUGGCAUUCCGAACCAAUUAUUUUUACUUUGUCGACUGUCACACAUACGGUCCUUUUAUUGUUUAUUUUAUUUUUAAAGGAAAAAUAUUUUAUAUAAGCUAAUGAGUCGAGCAGUUAACCAUUUUAUUAUUAUUUAAUUAUAUUUUUUUAUUACUGUAUUCUCUUAUUGAAUGACAUAAAACCCUCAUUUAAUUACCAUAAUCAAUAAAGAAAAAAAAGACAAGGCAAUCUCUCACGGUAGAUGGACAUAUACAUUUUUCUCUUGUUUUUUUUUUAUAGUAACUUAACAAUCGCAAGUUUAUGUAACUUUUUAAUAACAUGGUUGAGGAUUGAUUUGAUAUAUGUGUAUAUAAAACUCAUAAUUGUUUCUAACGAUUUAAUCGAAUUAUUAACUUUUGGAAUCAAGAAGAAAUGCGAGAGAGAGGAUGUCCUGUAUAGGUUUUGCUCGUAUUUUGAAUGUGCCCAUAUGGCAUAGGAUCAGCUACAUUACAAUAAAAUGUUUUUGAAGAAUUGUAAAGAUAAAUAUAUAGAUAUAUAUAUACGUGUGUGUAUACACACACACGCACACACACACACACACACACACACAUACAUACAUACAUACAGUGUACAACUAAAAUAAGGUACUAAAUUUCGAGACCCAGAUCCUCCACACCAAAACAUGAAAAAAAGUUCAUAUGAUUAUAUGUUCGAAAAUCUAGUAUUACUGAGAUAUAGCUAAAUGUUUAAAUAUUAUAUGAAAUAUAUUCCCCGAUCUUAAUCCUCUAAAUUUUUAUUUGUGGAGACGUUUAAAAUUCUUAGUUUAUGAAGUUCUAAUCGCCAAUGAUGAUAUAUUAUCUCAACUUAUCUUUAAUGCUUAUAACACCUCGCAAUUGCCUCAGGAUCUUUGAAAAAGUGCAACAGUCCAUGAUUUGAUAUAUCCAAGCAUGUAUUGAUUUUCAAAUUGAUUGAGAUUUUCAAACACAUUUCAACACAUUUGUUGUUGAACAUUGUUGUUAUAAUUAAAAAUUGAAAAUAAUAUUAAAGUAAUAAUAAAUAUUACUUUUUAAUUUUUAGCUAUUAAUAAACACACACGUUUUGAUGAACUUGAUCCCGAAGUUUCUACCUUAUUUUAAUUUCACCCUGUAUACAUAGUGAAUCAGAUACUAAUGGUUAAAUCAGGAUUCACCCUAUGAGCGAAAUUUAUCGAGUGCACGUCUAAUCGAUUUACGCCUGAUUGCGGCAAUUAUUUUGGCUUUAUGCGACUUAAAAUUGUGCUCGUCUUUAUUUAAGAAAAAAAAGAUGACGGAUACAUUUUUUAAAUCAGUGUGAAAAAAUCUGAGACAAUCUGUUUCAUCCUGAUCUCCUGUACGUAUGCAUUAAUCACAUAUCAGCUAUUAAUCAAGGCCGUAGAUGUUCUCAACGCACGUUCUUGCGCACAAGCGACCAAAGGGACAAAAUCGUCCUACAACUUCCCCACGUUAGUUUAAGUCCCACAUUAAACCAAAAUAAAUUGGUACAAUCGAUAAUUUCUCUCAUAUGAUAAAAAUCUGGUUCAACCAUUAAGGUUCAUCCUGUGUGUGUAUAUACAGUAUGAAUUUAAUAAAGUAAUAUUUACAAUAAUAUUUAAAAUACAUUGUGAAAAUAAACUGCUAAGAUUUUUAUACACAAAUAUUUGUGUACGCAUGCACAUUUUCUGAUUCGUCAGGCUUGUAAGUAAUUUUAUACAAGAGUCUUUGUAUUUAAGCAGAAGUCUACUGUGAUUAGUCAUGCGAAGCCAUUUUUGAAAAUGUUCGGUAAUAACAAUUUCCGCAAUGAAAUAAAUGUUUCGAACCAAAAUACAAUUUGACUUUAUAAUUUUGUAUUUGCAGCUAAGUUUCAAUUAUUCAAUAUUAAAUAUGAUUUUAGGAAACUAAAAAUUAUAAUGUUUAUUUAAAUCACAAUCUGUGAGAUGUGUUUACAAAUAUCAAAAUAAAAAAAAAACAAUUAUAUAAAUAUAAAUUUGCAAUAAUAAAUUUAAUAAUGUAACAUAUAUUUUAGUAUUAUAUACGAGUAAUAUACAUAUUUUGUAUAAUAGUAUUAUAAUAUAAUAUGUUAUUAAUAGCGCACUGCAAAUUUAUAUAAUUGAAGGAAGAUUUUCUACAAAAACCAAAUAAGUCUAUAUUUAAAGAAAUUGGAGUUAUGGUGCUAAAUCAUACUUUAUCAGUAGUGUCAUCAUGAACAAUUACAUUUGUUUAUAAGGUUUUGCGCAAGAGCAUGAAGACUUUCUUCUAAACCAAUUUUCGAUGCUGAGUCCGAAUUUACCAUCAAAAUAUUUUCAUCAAGUUUAAUUUUGAGAUAUAAGGGAAAACAUUUGGUAAAUAUUCACAAAAGAUCUAUCCUCUCCAAAUUUCAAUAAUCUUGACAUAUGUUGUGACCCUGAAUGACUUUCAAGAAAUUUUAGCCCUUUGUUAAAAAGUUAUAAAAAAUGUUGGCAAUGUAAAUGUAUAUGUAUAAAAUAUUAGAUAUCAAGAUCCAGCCUUGUAGUUAACGUUUCUUUAUUUAAGAGUGAUUUCACUUAAACAGUUUCGAUUAUUGUCGAUAACAUUGUAAUUUUAUUAUCAAAUUAUAUUGCCAACAUGCUUUUAAAAAUUCAAUCUGAUAUCAUUCUGGCGGCAGAUUCGAACUCAGGAUCCUAGAAUAUGUUUAAAAAAAGUUAUAUCUUGCGUUGAAAUUAAUGUAAAAUAUGUGAACUAGAAUGUUUAUAUAUUUCGGCAAAAAUCAUAAAAAAUGGGAAACAAAUAUAAAUAGCUAAUAAAUAUAAAAUUUCCAUAAGAAUCAAACAAAUCCAAUUGUUAUACUUCUUUGGGUUCUCACAAAUAUAUUAAUCUAAGCUUAAAA